GGAAAUAUUGCUAACAAGUUUAAAGGGACAACCUAGUUGAUCUACAGUAUUUUAACUUGAAAUUGAGAACGAUUUUGUGUUAUUUUUUAGAUUAAAUGAUCUUUUCAAUUUAGACAAAUGUAUUUUCUUUAGAUGUAUCAUUAUUUAUUUAGACAAGUGAGCAAUUUAUUGAGAUCUCUUUUGUCUAAAUUCUAAAAUCAAAUGAACUUUAUUCACUACAACCCUACUGAGGAGUCUUUCUUAGACUAGAUUUAGUAUGGCAAUAUUGAAUUGAUCGGCGAGUUCAACAUUAUUGUCGAGGAUGAGACACAAUCAGUGACGAUGGAAGAAGUAGUAGACAGUCUUGUUGAGGUUUUCAAAGAGGUUGCCAUCAUAAUAUCUCAGAGAUACAAAAAAUAUGGAGAGGGCCAGGUUGACCAUUUCAUUAAUUUAGUUCAAGAGUUUAGCUUAUUAAUACCGAAAGAAGCAGAGCAAUGUGGUAUACCUUGUAGCUAUGCUGAAGCUUUCAAGUAGAGUACUGUCCCUACUUGUCAAGAUUGGAUACGGCAUGCUGAGAUGAUUUAUUGGGACAGACGUUUGGAAAGAGAGGUUGG